GGCACUGUUUCCACAAGAUCAGGGUUCCUCAGGCUUGACAUUCAAAAGUGGGUUGAGGGUGCGGAACCCGCGGCGUUCCGAGCGUGCUUUAAAGCGGCCGCCAGCCAGCGCCGCUGUAACCCCGCGCACCGGCUGCUGGCCGGCUCCCGAACUGCAUCUGCGCCGACGCGUCCGAGCGAUCCCGGGGCCUCCCCGCGCCGGCAAUCUCCCGCCAGCCGCGCGGGUCCCCACGGCAGGAGCACGUGGAGCGGCCGUGGAGCCUGAGCGGCAGCUGUAGCCCGAGCGGCCCGCGGCGACAUGGAAGAUACACAACAAAAUGUGGAGCUGAAAGGAGCUGAGGAGCAGCCUCUGCCCACAGGAAGCCCGGAAGCCUUGAGUGACUACAGUUUAAGCAAACCUCAUGAGGCAGAAAAUGUGGACAGUACAGAAGCCCCAACCAAUGAAGACGAAGAUGCAGGAGAAGACUCGAUGAAAGUGAAAGAUGAAUAUGGCGAAAGAGAUGAGAGCAUUCUGAAGCCGGAGCCCAUGGGAAAUGUAGACGAGAGUGAAAUCCCUUACAGCUAUGCGAGAGAAUAUAAUGACUAUGAAAACAUUAAACUGGAGAGACACGUUCCGUACGACAGCAGCAGACCGACCAGUGGGAAGAUGAACUGCGAUGUGUGUGGGUUAUCCUGCAUUAGCUUCAAUGUCUUGAUGGUUCAUAAGCGGAGUCACACUGGUGAACGCCCAUUCCAGUGUAAUCAGUGCGGGGCAUCUUUUACUCAGAAAGGCAACCUCCUGCGCCACAUUAAGCUGCACACAGGGGAAAAACCUUUCAAGUGCCACCUCUGCAACUACGCAUGCCAAAGGAGAGAUGCGCUCACGGGACACCUGAGGACACAUUCUGUGGAGAAACCCUACAAGUGUGAGUUCUGCGGAAGGAGCUACAAGCAGCGGAGCUCCCUGGAGGAGCACAAGGAACGAUGCCGCACGUUUCUUCAGAACCCCGACCUGGGGGAUGCCACAAGUGUGGAGGCAAGACACAUCAAAGCGGACAUGGGAAGUGAAAGAGCGCUCAUUCUGGACAGAUUAGCAAGCAAUGUGGCAAAACGAAAAAGCUCAAUGCCUCAGAAAUUCAUUGGUGAGAAGCGUCACUGCUUUGAUGUCAACUACAACCCCAGCUACAUGUACGAGAAGGAGAGUGAGAUAAUGCAGACCCGAAUGAUGGACCAAGCCAUCAACAACGCCAUCAGCUAUCUUGGGGCUGAAGCCCUUCGCCCCUUAGUCCAGACUCCACCUGCUCCCACCUCUGAGAUGGUGCCAGUCAUCAGCAGCAUGUACCCUAUAGCCCUCACACGGGCUGACAUGCCCAACGGGGCCCCGCAAGAGCUGGAGAAAAAAAGAAUCCUCUUACCCGAGAAGAACUUGCCUUCUGAACGAGGUCUGUCCCCCAAUAAUAGUGCCCACGACUCUACAGACACUGACAGCAAUCAUGAGGAUCGCCAGAGUCAUGUCUACCAGCAAAGCCACAUGGCCCUACCCCAGGCCCGCAAUGGGAUGCCGCUUCUGAAGGAGGUCCCUCGCACCUUUGAACUCCUGAAGCCCCCUCCCAUCUGCCUGAGAGACUCCAUCAAAGUGAUCAACAAAGAAGGGGAAGUGAUGGAUGUAUUUCGGUGUGACCACUGCCAUGUCCUCUUCCUGGAUUAUGUGAUGUUUACCAUUCACAUGGGGUGCCACGGCUUCCGUGACCCUUUCGAGUGUAACAUGUGUGGAUAUCGAAGCCAUGAUCGCUACGAAUUCUCCUCUCACAUCGCCAGAGGAGAACACAGAGCCAUGUUGAAGUGAGCAUCAGUCUCCGAGCUCACAAUCUGAUGAUAGCCUUACCCAGUAGACGGAACUCAAACCCACAGUCCUGCCCAGUUAUGUUAGCACUCGGUCGUAUUCACUCAAGCAGUCAGGGAAACACUGUCUUUGACCAGAAACUGUUUGCAGAGCCAUCAUGUUACUUUGUGAAGCCUCCCUUUCCCAUCAGUUGAAUUUGAUGGGAUUUAAAAGCCAAAGAAUGGUCUGGUUCAUUAUCUUUUGUAGCAAUAGACAGCCAUCCGCUGCAGCUUGCUGCCAACUGGAACAGUCCUCGGUGGGCUGCAGGAGACAUUCGCUGGGACACAGCCGCCAUACGUGGAAAAGUCUUUUGACGCCGUGCCCAGAUCCACACAGUGGAAGCGCUGAGCAGCUGCCCCUGCCUUAGGCCCUAGCCUGAGGCAGAAGGGUUAGGACCUAAUCUCCUCUCCUUUCCCAGUCUGACAUAACAGUAAGGAAGACAGCCAUAGAGUAGGUGCCUGCUGCCAGUAAUGGAAGAGCCUAUUAUCAGAGCUUCAGUUCACAUCCUAGCACACAAAACAAAGCGGAAGCCAUCCGAGGACCCACCCACUUCACCUGCCCACCACCAGGGAAAACCGGAGGUGAUCUGGCCUUAGCCAGCUGUCUGCAAGAAAAUGCUACACCAGAGGAACCGAUGCUUUUAAAUACUGAGUGUUGCUGACACCCAAGUGUCAUCCACUGAGGGGCAGUGGUAUUUGUUUCCCCUGAUUGAGAUUGGCAGAGCAUGCUGGGGACACAGCUUGGUGGUACAGUGUUGGCCAAGUUCAACCCCCCAGCACUGGGGGACAAAUGGGAAAGAAAGAAAAGGGAGAAAAAGAAAGAUUGGCAGAGCAGAGUGUGUAGGGACACAUGGGUUGGCAGUUCUUGUCACCUUCGUGGAGUACUGGUUGAAAACCCAAAGAACAUUUGAAAGUGAUUUUACAUGUGCACAUACACAGAGGACCCAGAAUUCACCGUUUAGCAUCCCUCAGGAGUGAGAUCAGGGAUGGGAACCACAGAUGUUCUGACCAGGGUGCUGUCUUAAAUUAGAACUGCCGCAUUCCACUGAGAGUCUUGGAAGUCUGUCUUGUUCUGUAGAUGGACCAGUCAGCAUUGUCACUACACACACAGACACCAAGACAUCAAGAAGACCUGGAGUAGAAGCCACAAAACGAGUGUGCCAAGCUUAUAUCUGCUACUAAUUAGUGUGUGGUGUGCUUUUGUACAAAUCAUUUAACUCUAAAAGCUAAAUUUCCUUUACCGUAAAGUAAGAGUUGGAUUUAGACCUUCUUGAUGGUCCCUCCUGGCUUUGAUACACAGUAUUCAGUAACCACAGGUUAUUUUUAAACCUCCUGACGUGUGGGCAUCACACAGAAAGGACCACAACGAAAAUGUGUUUCAUAUCUCUUUGGUGUGAAAAUGUUAGUGCGUUAAGUUUUUCCUUCAGCCACUGAGUCAUGAACGUGAGGAGUCCCUGAGGAGGGACAAAGAACAGGCAGGUGAUUUGGUCUUGCCAAAGCGUGCACACAAAUUAGUAUCUACAGCUGCUUGCUGGGGACCUUUUCUUUCUUUCCUUUUUAAGAACUUGUGUUAGGGAAAAUAAGUUCUGCUUACAGGGAAAGCUCCAUGGAGCCUAUUUACAAAUUAAGAGCUAGCUUUUUGAACAUCUCUGCCACAGCCAAGAAUCCCGUGUUCCUGGUAGAUUAGCAUUUUCCUUCUAAAGGGCUUAUGGAUCCGGCUCUCACUCAACUCGUUUAUGCAAUGCCAGUAAUUAAAGCAUUCCACCUCA